UAAGUGACACUGACUGACAUUGACGAUAUUGUUAUUUGUGUAGACACUUGCUUAAUGCUUUGUAAAUAAGUCGAGAAAAUAAUAUGCCCAUCAUACUUUACAAAUAAAAUGUGAAACUUUUCAAACCGUAAAAGUUUUGUGAAUUAUAUAAAAUGUCAAUACCACCAGUGGACUUCAGUAUGCCGCCUCCGAUGUUCAAUGUACCUCCGCCGACGAGGCCACCAAUUACAUCUAACUUGCUUCCGUCUCAGCCCCAGCCGUCAAUGUAUUACCACCCGCCACCGUUUCUGCAUCCAGGCAUUCCUACUGACGUACCUCCACCUCCGUUCAUGAGUGCGUCUGCCGUACCACCGCUUAAUAUAAAUCCUAAUAUAUCUGCGUAUCUUCCACCCUCCAUUGAUGUUCCUCCACCAUAUACCUCUCUGCCUUUAUCGCCUAAUCCAGCAAAAACAAACUAUUACAACAUUCAAACAACAAGUUGGAAAAAUUAUAACACGUCUGCUCCUCCUCCUCACAAUAUUCAAGAACCAACAUCAAGUACUCAUAAUUUCUACAGUAAAGACCCAAACCAUUUUGAAAAUGAGCAAAACAGAAGCUAUAGUAGAUCUUCAAGGGAUUAUUCAUCAUCCAGGUCUAGAUACUCUCCAUAUCCCGAGAGAAGCUAUGAAAAGAGCAAAUAUGAAAGAGAUAGAUCGAGGCAUCCUAGGUCUCGUAGUCCUAGUUGUAGUCGCCGCAGUAGAAGCCCUUCUAGAUACAGGCACAGAGAGUAUUAUCGUAGAGAGAAGUAUGAUGAGAGAUAUGAAUAUGAACAAAGGAGACGUGAAUAUGAAAAACGUAGAAGUCCUUCGUAUUAUAGAGAUCAUAGAAGUCACAGUCGCAGCUAUGAUAGCCAUGAAGAAAGACGGCGCCAUAGAAGCCCAGAUAGAUAUAGACACUCCUCCCAUUACAGAGAGACUCAUUCGCAAAGUCGUGCAAGGGAACUGUCACCGAGAUCUCGAGACCCUUCAGUCUCAAGACCUUUGACUGAUCGUGAAAAAAUAUUAAAGGAUUAUCAGAAAAAUUACUGUAGAACUUCAGAGGAUUUCAUUAAGAAAAUGAAUGAGUGGUCCAAAGAGCAGAAUUCUGAAGAAAAAGAAAAUCAAAAAAUGUGGUACCGAAGUUCACCGGCUGAGUUAUACUAUAAACCAUUGGAAGAUGGUUCAGGUGUUGAACAGACAAAUAAACUUAAGAAAAUUUGUGAAAAGUUUUAUAAAACUCUUAUUGAAAGAGGUAGAAACGCAAGACCUUCGAAUGAUGAGCUACCUCCUUUGAAACCCCCUAAAGUGAAGAUGUGCAAGCAUAGAGCAGAGGAAAAAAGUUCAUCAUCAUCAGAAAGUGAAGAGAGUCUGGAUGAAGAUGGCUUGCAAGGUUACACUGAUAGAAUUAUGUUGGAGCUGCAAAGAAAACAAAGUCAUCCACGGAGGCUUCAUCCUGAAUUAUGGUUUAAUAAUUCUGGUGAAAUGAACGGAGGUCCACUAUGUCGGUGUAGUGCACGAGCUCGUCGCCAGGGUAUCCGACACGGAGUGUAUGCUGGAGAACAAACAUUUCCAAAAUGUAUCCCCACACAAAGCAAUAUUAACAAGCUCUAUCAUUACUGCAUAACCGUCUCGCCUCCAACAAAUUUUCUUAUAAAAGCACCAACGAUAAUCGCGCACGAUGAACACGAGUUUUUGUUUUCUGGAUUUUCAUUAUUUUCUCAUUAUAAACUGGCGAAACUUCCGAAGUGUAAAGUUAUAAGAUUUAAUAUCGAAUACACAAUAUUAUAUGUUGAAGAACCAGCUCCACAAAACUUUACAGUGCAGGAAUUAGAAUUAUUUGAGGACUAUUUAUUCACGGAGUUACUAGAACUCGUAGAUUUAGAUCUGGGUAAAGGUACAAAUGACACUUGCUCGCAGUUCCAUUUCAUGCCGCGAUUCGUUCGAUAUUUACCUGAAGGCGGAUGUGAGGUGCUGUCUAUGUGCGAAGUGUUAAAGUACUUGAUAGAUGAAAGUGGCUAUCUUAUCCCGCCGCAAAUGUUAGAGGAAUAUCACGAUAUGGACCAUUACAACUGGCAAAAGUUUGUCGAUAGAAUUAAAGGUAUGAUAGUGACAUAUCCAGGUAAGAAACCAUGCUCUGUCCGAGUUGAUCAAUUGGAUCGAACACCAUCUGUCAGUGCUGGGGAAGUUAAGGAUCCUGCAGAGUUAAAGAAAUACUAUCCAGAAAUAGUUCACUUUGGUAUUAGGCCACCCCAACUUAGUUACGCUGGCAAUCCUGAAUACCAAAGAGCCUGGCGUUACUAUGUGAAAUACCGUCAUCUGAUAGCCAAUAUGGCUAAACCAUCGUCUGUGGAAAGGCAGAAACUAGCAGCUAAAGAAGCUAGAUUACAAGAAAUGAGGACGCAGAGUAAAAUGAAGAGAGAUGUUACCGUUGCCAUAUCUUCAGAAGGCUUUUACACUACUGGUCUUAUGUGUGAUGUGGUUCAGCAUGCCAUGUUAAUACCAGUUCUGGUUCGGCAUCUAAGAUUCCAUAAAUCUCUAGACAGUUUGGAAGAGAAGAUCGGAUAUACUUUUAAACAGAGAGCUUUGUUACAAACGGCUUUAACUCACCCUUCGUACAGAGAGAACUUUGGUACCAAUCCUGACCAUGCCAGAAAUAGUUUAACUAAUUGUGGCAUAAGACAACCAGAAUAUGGCGAUAGAAGAAUACACUAUACCAGGAAAAAAGGUAUUGUAACUCUUAUAAAUAUUAUGUCUCGUUUUGGCAAGAGUAGCGAGACAGAAUCCGAUAUUAAGCACAACGAACGUCUGGAAUUCCUUGGAGACGCAGUUGUGGAGUUUAUUUCCUCCAUACACUUAUUCCGAAUGUUUCCUGGACUGACAGAAGGUGGCUUAGCGACUUACAGAGCUUCUAUUGUACAAAAUCAACAUCUGGCACAGUUGGCAAAGAACAUCGGGCUGGAGCAGUACAUGCUGUACGCGCACGGCUCGGACCUGUGCCGCGAGGUGGUGAUGCGCCACGCCAUGGCCAACUGCUUCGAGGCGCUCAUGGGCGCGCUGUUCCUGGACGCCGGCCUGCAGGUCACAGAUAGAGUAUUUGGCUUAGCGCUCUGGUAUCAUGAUCCUAUUCUAUUAGAAGUUUGGUCGAAGGAACGGCCUCAUCCUCUGCAAGACCAGGAGCCGUUAGGUGACAGGAAAUAUAUAAAGAACUUUGAGUUCUUGCAGAAAUUGACUAAAUUUGAAGAUUCUAUUGGUGUCCAAUUCAAACACAUUCGGUUAUUGGCUCGGGCAUUUACUGAUCGUUCGGUAGGGUUUACUCAUUUGACCCUAGGAUCGAAUCAACGUUUGGAAUUUCUAGGCGAUACAGUCUUACAGUUAGUAGUAUCUGAUAGAUUAUACCGGCACUUCCCCGACCAUCAUGAGGGUCAUUUAUCACUACUUCGUUCAUCUCUAGUCAACAAUCGAACACAGGCUAUGGUGUGUGACGACCUCAACAUGUCAGCGUACGCUAUUUAUAACAAUCCUAAAGCCAAACCUACUACGAAGAAACAUAAAGCAGAUUUACUAGAAGCAUUUUUGGGAGCUUUAUACAUCGAUAAGAAUCUAGAAUACUGCCAGGCGUUCUGCAACGCUUGUCUGUUCCCUCGUCUGCCGUCGUUCAUCUUAAAUCAAAACUGGAACGAUCCUAAGUCGAAGCUGCAACAGUGUUGCCUUACUUUACGUUCCAUGGAAGGUGGAGAGCCAGAUAUACCUGUCUACAAGGUGAUCGAGUGCCUGGGCCCGACCAACACGCGCGUGUACACGGUGGGCGUGUACUUUCGCGGGACGCGGCUAGCGGCGGCGCGCGGACACUCCAUACAGGAGGCCGAGAUGAACGCCGCAGAGCAAGCGCUCAGCUGCGCGCACGAAUUGUUCCCACAACUGGAUCAUCAGAAACGACUAAUCGCUAAAAGCAUGCGAAAAAAGAAAAAUAGACAAAAAGGUAAUUACAAAAACGCAAAACCGGAUAGAGAAUCGAUUUUCCAAAAGAAAAUCAACGAAGACAAUGCUCCCAAAGCGUAUAGACUUGGGGCUCCAGAGGCGGAAAGUUCAGACGAAAGUGUUCGAGAACCUUCUGACACUGAACAACCAAACGCGGAAGAUGCGAACUCUAAUGACGACUCAGGUUUGGACAGUGAUUCAGAAUCCAUUCCUGACAAAUUAGAAAACAUACAAGUUAGCAGUCUUCUAAGUGACAUGGAGAAGCUAAAAGAAGAACUAAUAAAAAGAAAUGAAUACGAUAAAUUGAAAGAAAAGUGUCGAAGAAUUGAUUCAGACAAUGAGUAAACAGUUUGAAAACUCACGUUCACGUAAUCUUAAUUUAGAAACAGUGUUCUAUUUGUGUCACAUGUAUGAGACAUUAAUUAUGGUAAACAAUACCAAUAAGUUAUCAGUUAAUUUCCUAUUGAUGUAGAUUUAGGUAAAACGAAGUUACUCUGUAAGCUUAAAUGUUUGAUCAUAGGUCCUAUAAUUUUUAUUAGCAACCCAUCGCUAUUCAAAGUGCAUAUUCAAAUCACACCGAGCUUGAAUCAUACAUAAACUAUCAAUUUUUAUUUAGUCGUAUCUUGAACGAUAUAAAAUAAAUUGUUAUAAAA